GCAUUGCGUGCCAUAAUAGGAUGUAUCAAAAAUUAUAAGGUAGAAUUUUCCGUAAGCUGAGGUGCUCAAAAUGCCUACGAGCUCCUGGAUCACGUUCCUCUCCCUUUCACAGCUCUCGCUUACUGUGCAGGGCAAAAGUUUUUGGUCCACUCAGCCGGCAGGUUUCGCGGAUAUUAUCAGGACAGCGUAUCCAGUAGGAAAUGGUCAAUUAGCUGGUAUGCAUUUAAACAUGUUAUUCUUCUCAUAUACUAAAUAAAAUACAGCACUACCUUUUGGCAAGCCAGGUUCAGAAAAACUUAAUCUCAACAGAGAUUCGUUAUGGAAUGGUGGGCCCUUUGAGAAUGCAAGCUACAAUGGCGGUAAUCCAAACUUUUCGGUGGCUUCCUCCUUACCAGGUAUCAGAGAUUGGAUCUUUCGAAAUGGAACCGGAAAUGUUACUACGUUGAUGGGCUCAGAUGAUAAUUAUGGAAGUUUCCAGGUUCUUGGAAAUUUAUCCGUGUCUUUGCAAGGUAUAUCUGACGCUACUGGCUAUAAAAGAAGCCUUGAUCUGGAUACUGGAAUUCAUACGACUACCUUCAGCACUGCUAAUGCUUCUUUUACUACGUCGGUAAUUCUAUUCUAAGCCCCUAGUAUAAUGCUAACAAUCACCAGCGCCGUCUUUUGUUCUUACCCGGACAGUGUGUGCGUUUACCAAGUUAAUUCAACAGCCACACUUCCUAGAAUUGAUAUUCACUUUGACAAUUUACAAGCAGACAGCUCUUUAGUCAAGUCAUCUUGUUCAACGUCUUCAAAAUCAGCUCUAUUCAGUGGUAUUACUCAAGCUGACAUAGGCAUGAUUUAUAAGGCCGAGGCACGAGUCAUUGAACUGACAAAAUCGGUUUCUUGUUCAAAUACUACAGGUAUUCUUAGUAUAACACCAUCUAAUAAUCAAUAUUCUCUGUCUCUAGUCAUCUCAGCUGGUACAAAUUACGACGCUACUAAAGGCACAGCUGCACAUAAUUACUCAUUCAAAGGAAAAGAUCCAAGCGACUACGUUUCCACCACGGCUGCAAAAGCAGCUUCGAAAAGUUUCAAAACCCUCAGGGAGAGUCAUCUUUCUGAUUUCUCUGCCCUGAUAAGCACUUUCACACUAAGUCUUCCUGAUCCCCUUGGAUCAGCAAACAAAGAAACAGCAACUGUGAUCGCAGCAUAUAAUACCACAGAAAAUAGCCAUACCGAUCCAUGGCUAGAGAGUCUCCUAUUCGACUACAGUCGAUAUCUAUUCAUAUCAUCAUCGCGAGAAAAUUCACUCCCGCCUAAUCUCCAAGGUAAAUGGGCAUAUGGAUUAUCGAAUGCAUGGGGCAGCGACUACCACUCCAACAUCAAUCUACAAAUGAACCAUUGGGUCGCCGUGCAAACCGGUCUCGGAGAUUUGCAAUCUGCAUUAUGGAGCUACAUGGCAGAAACAUGGGCACCGCGCGGCUCGGAAACGGCUAAAUUAUUAUAUGAUGCUCCGGGCUGGGUGGUCCAUGAUGAGAUAAAUAUUUUUGGUCAUACGGGUAUGAAAACGGGUGAUGAGUAUUGGGCUGAUUAUCCAGCUGCUGCGUCAUGGUUAAUGCAACAUGUAGCUGAUUAUUACGAUUAUUCUCGCGAUGAAACUUGGUUGAAGAAUACAGGAUAUCCGUUACUCAAAGCCAUUUCGGAGUUUUGGCUUAGUCAACUUCAGAAGGAUGAGUAUUUUAAUGAUGGGACUUUGGUUGUUAAUCCUUGUUCUUCGCCUGAACAUGGUCCUGUAAGUUUUUAAGAGCUUGAUUGAUUGAUUGAUAUCGGUUAUGUGAUGGAUAUACAGAUUUAACUAACAUGAUUCAUAGACAACAUUCGGCUGUACACACUACCAACAACUGAUCCACUCAGUUUUCACCACCACCCUCCAAGCAGCACGCACACUAAGCACAGACAACACACUUCAAAGCAGCCUCCAAAACACCCUCACCACCCUCGACAAAGGCCUCCACAUAUCCCCCCUAACCCAAAUCCAAGAAUGGAAAAUCUACUUCCCUACCUACGAAAACACCACUCAUCGCCACCUCUCCAAUCUCAUCGGCUGGUUCCCCGGUUCCUCCCUCUCAUCCUAUCUCUCCGGCUACACCAACACCACCAUUUCCACCGCGGUGCGCAAUACCCUUAUAGCGCGCGGAGUAGGCAUCAUCGAUUCGAACGCUGGAUGGGAAAAAGUGUGGCGCGCAGCCUGUUGGGCGCGAUUAAACGAUACAGAGACAGCGUAUGCGGAGUUGAGAUUAGCGGUUCGGAAUAACAUAGCGGAGAAUGGACUGAGUAUGUAUUCUGGGAAAAAUGAACCGUUUCAGAUUGAUGCGAAUUUUGGGUUUGGGGGCGCGAUAUUGGGGAUGUUGGUUGUGGAUCUGCCGGAUGGGGGGACCGAGGGUAUUAGGACGGUGGUUCUUGGGCCGGCUAUUCCGGGGGAGUGGGCUGGGGGAAAGGUGCACGGGUUGAGGCUUAGAGGGGGGGGAGUGCUGGAUUUUGAGUGGGGUGUUGAUGGUGUUGUGACGAGUGCGGUUUGGAAGGUUAAGGGGGUGGAAACGGUGAGGAUUGUUAAUGUUAAGGGUGAAGUGCUUGUAUAGUUAAUUUGUCUUUACUAUUUUAUAUUAUCUCCGGGGAUAAUAAUCCUCUAUAUCAAUAUAUAUAUAUAACUUUAUAAGAAAAUCUUUCAAUGUUUA